CAGAAUCAAUUGUUUUUAUCAUUUUUAAAUAUCCUUCUUUAUUUACAACAUUAAAAGAAACUGGGAGUUUAUUGUGCCUUGGAGUUAGAUUGAUGCAAGAAUUUAGUGAAUCAAAAGAAGGUUAUGUUGAAUUGGUGAGUAUUAUUGGUAUCCAUUUCCAAAUAAGAGAUGAUUACAUGAAUUUACAAUCUGAAGAGCAACAUACAAUGCCAAUUGAGUUAAAACAUCGUGCCACUAAACUAAUGAAAGAUACAGAUUCGUUUGAGUACACAAAGGAUUAUCUGGUAAAAACUGAAAAAAAGGCAAAAGAUGAAAUUGGAAAUAAAUAA